AUGGCGUAUUCGGCGGGAAACUCAGACGAUGGAUAUGGAAGACUGGCUCAGCUCCUUGCGCAGUCUCACGAAUAUGCCAUAUUUCGCAAGUUUGAGUGGCUUAACAUGAUGAAUCUUCUCCGACUUCAGGCGGAACUCCAGCAUAUGGAACAGCAGCUAGUGGAGGUGAGAGCAGAAGAUAAGGACCCUGAUGACGACUCAGAAGUUCGGAGGUCCUACGGCAUUAAUUUCAAGGCCAUGAGGGACAAUGCCGAGGACGGAGAUUCGGAACAAUAUGACUUGCUUUUGGAAAUCAGUCCAAAGUUAGACGAAUACAACAAAGCACUGCAAAACAUCGCAUUCUUGCACAAGACUGUUCAACCGUCUGAGGCUGAAGUAGAAUUCCUCAAACUCUGGCUCCAGCGAGAUAAGAUGGGAGAGGGGUUUCUUCGACGUUCUGGCAUUGAAGCAAAGGUUUGGGAUGAUCAGAACGCGGAAGAUCUUCUGUCUGUUGGGGGUUCCCCAUCAGAUAGAUUCACGAACUUCAUGCACGGUCCAGUCAUUGAUUUCUACCAUUUCUCUCAGACCAAGGUUGUACAAGAUGGCAUCAGGACAUAUGACCAAAGAAAGCUCAAGAGAGCUGGCGACAUUCUUGUAGCAGCUCUAUCGGCGGCUCUCCCAACACUUGUGAUAUUGGUUCUGUAUUUUGUAAAGAAUAUGGUAUAUCGCAUGGGGCUUGUGAUCGUUUUUACCACCAUAUUUUCGGUGGCGUUUGCGAUGUUCACAGGAGCGAAGAAAGCGGAAGUGUUUGCUGCAACUGCAACGUUUGCAGCUGUCGAGGUGGUCUACAUUGGAAGUGUUUCCUCCAGCGACCCAGUCUGUGUCUGUUCUUCUGGUUGA